CGAUCUUAGGUCAGUGACGGGGGUCUCUCUCUCUUCUCGCUCUUGAUGGCAUCUGAGCGGCGUGGGGACACCAGGAUGACCUGGGGGUGGUUGUCGCGUCUUCCGGAUCCUUUGGGUUCCCGGGAAGGAAGCUGGAAAGGAUCAGCUGUCUUGACGCUCCUGUUGGCUGGCUACCUGGCACAGCAAUUCUUACCGUUGCCCACGCCUAAAGUGAUCGGCAUCGACCUCGGCACCACCUACUGCUCGGUUGGGGUGUUCUAUCCUGGCACAGGGAAGGUGAAGGUCAUUCCAGACGAGAGUGGACACGUCAGCAUCCCCAGCAUGGUGUCCUUCACUGAGGGCCAAGUACACGUGGGCUAUGACAGCUUAGAACUGGCAGACUCGAACCCCCAGAACACCAUCUAUGACGCCAAGCGCUUCAUAGGCAAGAUUUUUACCCCGGAGGAACUGGAAGCUGAAAUCGGCAGAUACCCCUUUAAGGUUUUAAACAAAAACGGAAUGGUCGAGUUUUCUGUGGCAGGAAAUGAAACCAUCACCGUUUCGCCAGAGUACGUGGGUUCCAGGCUGUUAUUGAAGUUAAAAGAAAUGGCAGAAGAAUACCUCGGGAUGCCAGUUGUCAAUGCUGUUAUUUCUGUGCCAGCAGAAUUUGACCUAAAACAGAGAAAUUCAACAGUCGAAGCUGCUAACCUCGCAGGACUGAAGAUCUUACGGGUGAUCAAUGAGCCGACGGCGGCAGCUAUGGCCUACGGUCUGCACAAGGUCGAUGUCUUUCACGUCUUGGUGAUAGAUUUGGGUGGAGGAACUCUGGAUGUGUCACUGCUCAAUAAACAAGGAGGGAUGUUUCUCACCCGAGCAAUGUCUGGGAACAAUAAACUUGGAGGACAGGACUUCAACCAGAGAUUGCUUCAGUACUUAUAUGAGCAGAUCUAUCAGACGUACGGCUUCAUGCCCUCUAGGAAAGAAGAAAUCCACAGAUUGAGGCAAGCUGUAGAAAUGGUCAAAUUAAACCUGACUCUUCACCAGUCUGCUCAGAUAUCAGUAUUACUCACAGGGGAAGGAAAGAGCAAAAAGGAACCUCAGAAUAGUGGCCCCGAUAUGCCGAAGGACAAACUGUCCCCAGGAGAUGGGAAGCAUGCUUUUGGAGCUGGCCUCUCUGAAAGAAAAAGUGGAGAAAGCCAAGUUCUGUUUGAAGCAGAAAUCACACGGAAACUCUUUGACUCCCUUAAUGAAGAUCUGUUCCAGAAAAUACUUGUACCCAUCCAGCAAGUUUUAAAAGAAGGCCACUUGGAAAAGACUGAGAUCGACGAGGUGGUUUUGGUCGGGGGCUCUACCCGCAUCCCUCGAAUCCGCCAAGUCAUUCGAGAAUUCUUUGGGAAGGACCCCAAUACGUCUGUGGACCCUGACCUGGCAGUAGUGACAGGAGUCGCGAUCCAGGCAGGAAUUGAUGGAGGCUCUUGGCCUCUCCAAGUCAGUGCUUUAGAAAUCCCCAACAAGCAUUUGCAAAAGACCAACUUCAACUAAAUUCCAAAGGAAUGAUGUGUUUCUGUGAUCUUGUCUCUUGGUCUUUUCCAGUAAUUGUACAACCUUCUUCAAGAGAAAAAUCACUUAAGAUAUCAUAUAAAUGUAUCCAGCAUUGUAAUUGCAAACAUUUUACACAACAUUUUAUUUUAGGAUUGAAUAUAAUGGGAUGGAUCCUUAUUAUCUUUGAGAGAUGGCAUUCCAACCAAUAUUUCUAAGGUGAUAGAGUGUCAAGGUCUCUUACAGAAAUUUGAGUUACAUUUUUCUGAUAUUUGAAAGUGGAUAGACCCAUGCGCUCAGAAUUAUGUUCUGUAAACAUUGUCUAGUGCCAAUUAUAGAAUUCCCAGUUCUUACUGGAUUGUACUAACGGGAACUGGUAAUUUGAACUACCUGGUCUGUCACGUAUAACUAUUAAUUUAAACUAUACUUGAAGGAUAUUUACAUUGGCUGGGACAUAGCAGUAUUAUUAAUAUGGGCUGCGAAUGUAAUAUUCAGUAACUGCCAUACUAUAUAACAGACUUACUCUCAGAAAUAGUUUCCCAUGUGUCCUUUUAUAGAGUCUGCAUUCUCCAGGUUUAAAAAAUGUUUCUUUGAUUAAUUUGUUUUCUUUCUAAAAUAGCUUAUUAUUUAGAUGUUUCAAUACCAGAUAGUAGAAAUAUCCAGUUUGUAUUUCCUUUGUCAGCUGUGCCUCAUUUUCUGCUCGGCAUUCCCCGAUUCUACUUGGCUAGAAGACAAUAUAGAAGUGUUAAUUGCAUUUUUUUUUUAAAUGAGUUAAUUUCAGAAUAAAGCCACUAUUGCUGUUGUUUAUGUUACUCAAGACUUUUGGUGAGUAGCAAUAAUUAACUGCAGUAUUUGCUUUAUUUUCAGUUAACCCUGGAGAACUUACCUCGCAUUUGAUUAUCAGAUCAUUUGAUUUUUUUUUUUUUGCUUGACUGAGAUUUCUCCCAUAUUUAUAAAAUAAUGCAGAUGUGUUCAGUAGUUGUGUACUAUAAUUUUUAAAUCAUCACACUUGAACUAUUUUUAGCCUUAAGGUUAGUGUGAUACUAGUUUUAAAAAAUGAUGAAUACUGGAGGUAAUGGGGACGUUCGUGUGAGAGACAGUGUGGAGAAUUUUCCACACAUCAGCACUUCGAGCAGCUUCUUGAUUUUGUUUGCUUUUUAGAAAAGCUACAGGGACCAAGAAAUAAAGUAUAGCCAUUUAUUUCUGUGAUACCCAUGUUAUUUGAAGAAUUAUUUUCCUUUAUGGAGGCAUGCUGGUCAAAUUUUUUUGUUGUAUGUCUGCACUAUCCACUAUUGGACUUGGAAGAAUGUUGAAUUUCCUGUCACUAAAAAGAGGACAGGUUUCUAGCAACACUGAAACAUUUUGGCUUUUGAGUAAAAAGGUGAAAGAUGAUAAUUUAUACAGAUCUUAAAAAGUAUUUUUUUUUCUUAGCCAUGAGGUUACUGUGAAGCUACAAUUCCAAUCAAAUGUUUCUUUGUAUAGGAAAUAUGUCUAGUGUAUAGUGUUGGCAUAUUUUACUUUAGAACUAGUGGAGAAAUGCCAAAGAUAAUUCUGUCACCGCAUUAGGACAAUAUUCACAUGUUCUCUUGAACUUUAUAUAAAUCAUUCAAUAGAUUCUACAACUGAAACAUCUUUUUCCACAGAUCUUUGAGGAAAGUGUCCAAUUGAAAACUCCACAGAGUAUCAACUUUAACCUCAAGCAUUUUCAGAUAUUUUAGGAACUUGAAUUUCUGAAGUCCACGAGACCAUUCAAGACAGUCUCUUGACACCUUUUUCAAGAGAAAACAUUUUGCAAAGCAGAGCUAAUCUCAGACACUAAAACUGAAAUUGAAGUGAUGUGUGUCUGAGUACUAGAACGACAGCGUUGGGCAGUGUGUUAACAUUGCCUAUCUCUGCUCAGUACAGUUAGCCCCUUCAAAAACAGACUGGUGUCAACUCAACCACUUUAGGAGAUUACUUACAAAUAGCCUCCUUGAAAUCAGUGUAGUCUAUUUAAAAGAUAGAAUUAUCUUGAAGGGGUAACUUAUGCAACAUAACCUGAAGGCAUUUUCAUAUUCUACAUUUGGUUGCACACCUACGUGUUUUUUGAAGUAUGUAACUUUAAAUAGUAUGUCUUGUGUGAUUAGAAUAUGUGAACGAGUAAUUUAUUUUGUAUCAGGUGUGUUUUCGUACUGUGUUUUCUCAAACCACUGACUUUUUAUCAGCAAAUCCUACUGUGUAUAGCAGGUACUGAAGAUAGUCUGUUAGUUACUGUGCAUAACAUUGUGCCUAUCAGAUCUGUGUCAUGUACAUUCUGAUGUAAAUAAAUAACACUUUACAGCUUGUUUUUUAAA